AGAGAGAGAGAGAGAGAGCGCGCGGCCUAGUGAUGCGAACGAGAAGCCAGUCCCAGCGCAAGGAGGAAUCGGAAUCCGGUUCGCUUGCUUCGGCGUCGAAGGAGGCCGUCGGCAAGCUGCUGAAGCGAGCACGGAAGGGAUCUAAGGCCAAAGGGCAGCAAGAAGAUGACAUUUUAGUGGAGGUGUCUAAAUUUAAGGAAUUACCUAGAGAAAAAGAUAAAAGGGAUGAGGGGAAUUCAGUAGGAAGAAAAUCUAUUGAAGGUGAUGAUGUAGAAGGAAGUGUCCGUCUCGGUGAUGUGAAUGAGUUUGAUUGGGAAGAUGGAGACAUUUUAGCCUCAGAAUCCAAAGAAGCGUAUCUUCAUGAUUCUGAGAAAGAAAUUACUGUCGAAUUUACUGACUCACCAUCAACUACUCAGCGGAAGCCAUCUCGGAGGGCUACUGCCGAGGAGAAGGAAUUAGCAGAACUUGUGCAUAAGGUCCACUUGUUGUGUCUAUUGUCAAGGGGUAGGCUCGUUGAUCAAGUUUGCAAUGAUCUUUUGAUUCAGGCUUCGUUGCUUUCACUUGUCCCACCGAGCCAAUUGAACAUUGCUGAGGUUCCAAGACUUAGGGCCUCUAGUUUGGGUUCUGUUGUGAAUUGGUUCCGGAACAAUUUUCAAAUUCAAAGCCAUGACAUUGACAGAGGGUCUUUUAAAUCAAAUCUUGCCUUUGCUCUUGACACUCGUGGAGGAACUGCUGAAGAGGUUGCUGCACUGUCUGUGGCAUUGUUCAGAGCUCUCAAUUUAACUACACGGUUUGUUUCAGUUCUGGACGUUGCUUCUCUGAAGCCAGACACAGAUGUGCCCGGAUGCUCAAACACAGACGCACCGAGGUUGGAUACCAAAAUAUUUUCUUCUGCUGUUGCCUCAAGUUCAGAUGACGUGUCCCACAAAAAUUUAACAAGGGGCAAACACCAUAGCAAUGAUGGUAGACAAAGCUGCAAAAGAAGUCUGCCAAAAGGUCCGGCUUCUACUACCGGAGCAGAGGAUGUGAUAUCCCGUGACUCAAUGGCUAACAAACUUUGUAGUGACAAGUUGGAGUCUCAUCCAGCCAAGUUUGCUGUAAGACCAAAAAGAAAAGGAGAUGCUGAGUUUGAAUUACAGUUGGAAAUGGCUCUUUCGGCCACUGCAGCUGGGGUUGGUGCCAGUAAUUCAAUGUCACACAUUGAUGGAUUAUCUGGCAGCUCGUCACUUCCAUCCCCUCCUAAAAAGUUGAAGAAAAUUGUUUUCCCCGAACAUGAAUCAGUGAUCCAAAGUAGUUCUUCUAGUGCUGUUUGGUCAAGGAAACUAGGGCCUCCCCAGUACUGGGCUGAAGUCUAUUGUAAUGGCGAGACAUUGAAUGGGAGGUGGAUUCAUGUUGAUGCUGUGAAUGGAAUAGUUGAUGGCGAGAGUGAUGUGGAAGCUAGUGCUGCUGCCGGCAGGAAGCCUAUUAAAUAUGUAGUUGCAUUCUCUGGUGGUGGGGCUAAAGAUGUGACUCGCAGGUACUGCAUGCAUUGGUAUAAGAUUGCCCCCCGUCGAGUAAAUUCACGGUGGUGGGAUGAAGUAUUGGCACCUUUGAAGCGACUGGAAUCUGAUGCAACUGGAAGCAUUGUUCACAUGGAAGCAUCAGAGAGAAAGGAAAUGGAAUCUGAAGAAUGUUUAAAUGUUGUAAACACGACAAGUGAUAUCAUUGAAGAUUCAAAUAAGGUUGGUGCUGUUCAGAAUUCUGGACUUGCUAAUAGAAACGCUCUUGAAGACAUGGAACUAGAAACAAGGGCAUUGACAGAGCCUCUUCCGACUAAUCAACAGGCCUAUAAGAACCAUCACCUAUAUGUUCUAGAGCGAUGGCUCACCAAGUAUCAAGUUCUUCAUCCGAAGGGCCCGGUACUUGGUUACUGUUCUGGUCAUCCUGUAUAUCCACGAUCUUGUGUUCGAACACUGCAAACACGACACAAAUGGUUGCGAGAAGGCCUGCAAGUCAUGGCAAAUGAAUUUCCUGCUAAGGUGGUGAAACAUUCAAAGAAAUUUGUUAAAAUGAGGACAUCUGAACUUGAAGAUGCGAGUGCAACUGGAGAAGAAAACAGUGAAGCAACCAUGGAACUUUAUGGGAGGUGGCAAACAGAGCCAUUACGUCUUCCUUGUGCUAAAAAUGGUAUUGUGCCGAAGAAUGAGCGCGGCCAAGUGGAUGUAUGGUCUGAGAAGUGUCUUCCACCUGGUACUGUACACCUGAAGUUUCCUAGACUGGUUCCGGUUGCCCGAAGACUCGAAAUUGACUUUGCACCUGCCAUGGUUGGCUUUGAAUUUCGCAACGGCCGUUCUGUUCCCAUUUUCGAAGGGAUUGUAGUCUGUUCAGAGUUCAAAGAUGCUAUCUUGGCGGCAUUUGCGGAAGAAGAAGAAAGGAGAGAAGCCGAAGAAAAAAGGCGGUUUGAAUCCGAAGCACUAUCCAGAUGGUUUCAGCUAUUGUCCUCCAUUAUUACCAGGCAACGUUUGCAGAACUCCUAUGUCGAAUUUUCAUCUCCAAAUGCCUUAGACAACCCUCACAUCGAUGAAAACGACAAAUCUAAUGACGACAAAAAGCAAAGCAUGUCUGAUGAUCUCAAAUCCUCGCAAAAUGCUGCAAGCAUUAUGCCAAUUCGUGAUCAUCACGAGCAUGUCUUCCUUAUCGAGGACCAGAGUUUCGACGAAGAAAGCUUCAUUCAAACAAAGAGAUGCCGGUGCGGGUUUUCUGUUCAAGUGGAAGAGUUGUAGGAGCAUGGUUCAGACAUCAUGAUCUGUGCCAAUUAUUUGUCAUGGGGGAGAAGAGUAUUUAGAACGAGUGAAGUGCCUCAGGCUUGUUUAGUUAUUGUGAGAUUUACUCUGAACCGCUGGCAUGAAGAUAGCAAGAUUGAUGCAAUUUACUUAAAUCCUGAAGGGAGUGCACAAGAUUCAAAUAAGGUGAGUUGAUUGAUUUUCCAAAUUACACUGAUUAGGCCAAGCAUGCUAUUAAUAAUUAUUCCAAUAAGUUAUCCCAUGGGAAGCUAAUGGAAAGGGUUGGACAGUAAUCUUAAUUUCUAUAAAUCAUUGGUGGAAUUAUGAUGUUCAGGAGACCAACACCUUUCAUUUUCUAUACGGGGAGGUAGAAAUUUUCUUUAUGAGAUAUCAAGCUGCUUGGAGGGAUUCCUAUUUGUGGCAAUAUGUAUGAUGAAUUCAUCCCUACUAAUGACAUAUUUUACUAUAAAGAAAUUUCUGACUUUUCAAUUUUGAGAAACCUUUUUGAUGUCUAUCAAUGCCUUGCAAGGCAAGAAUUUUCCCAAAAUAACAAAGGCGUGUCUUUUGCUAAUUAGGUAGACUUUUUAGGAAAAGAACAAAAUUUGAUUCAAAAUCUAAUCCUCGACCUAAACCCUCUCCAGAUGUUGAUUUAACGGCUUUUGUGUGGCUCUUUGGAUUUGUUAUUUCAUCGUGCCAAGAAGAGAUAAUGUGAUUAGGUCAACCGUUUUCAUAAUGGCUUCUGAUGUUGUGCAUGGAAAAAAGAUUGCUUUUGCUCCCGUGGGAUUGAAUGCGAUGAUCAAUAAUAGGAAAAUAGUUGUAAAAAAUUCAAGACCUUUCUUAUUAUUGACCAUGGCAUUCAACGUCACAUAUAUGUGCACGGGAACAAAAGCAAUCUUUUUUCCAUACAUAACAGAAGCCAUCAUGAACACUGUUGGCCUAAUCACAUUAUGUCUCCUUGGCAUGAUGAAAUAACAAAUCCAAAGUGCUAUAAAAGCCGCUAAAUCAACAUCUUGAGAGGGUUUUGGAGGAGAUCAUAUUUUGAAUCAAAUUUUGUUCUCUUUCUACAAAAGCCUAUCCAAUUAUCAAAAGGCACGCAUUUGUUGGGAAAAAUCUUACCUUAUAAGUCAUUGAUAGAUAUCAAAAAGAUUUUUCAAAGCUAAAAAGUCAGAAAUUCCUCUCUGGUGAAAUAUGUGAUGAAUUCAUCAUAUAUAUCGCCACAAAUAGGAAGCCCUUCAAGCAGCUUGAUAUCCCACAAAGAAAUUCCUAUCUCCCAAUGUAGGAAAUGAAAGGUGUUAGUCUCUUAACACCAUAAUUCCACCAAUGAUUUAUAUAAAUUAAGAUUUAUGUUGUAAGAUAUAAUCCUUUCCACUAGCUCCCCAUGGGAUAACUCAUUGGAAUAAUUAUUAAUAACACGCUUUGCCCAAUCAGAGUAAUAUGGAAAAUCAAUCAAUUCACUAAUACCUCAUAGGCGGCCAAGUUCACGGUGAAGCAGUUGGAAUUCCCUAUACUUCAGAGCUGUGAAAGAGCACUCUUCUUAGAAGAUGGAUUAAUUCAAUUUAUUAUUUCAUUAACUUUCAAAAAUGAAGUUAUUAUUUUAUUUUUAUUUUUUUUAGUAUUUUAUUGUAUUAAUUAACAACAAAUUGCGGUUGUUUUUAUUUCCUGAUUCCUAAUUGA